UCACUACGGUAACCACAGAAGCCGCGAGCAGUGACCUGAUUGGGUGCUGCAGAGCGCGUCUUUUCCGGUUGUGAGUAGAGUCUAUGGAGGCUUUAUAAACAGAAGACCCCACCUAUCAACUUGAAACUUCACUUCUUGAACAGUUUCUCUCUUAUAUAAGUCAUCAACCGUACAAUUCCAGCUUUUCAGAAUGUCUACAGAGAACUUUUCAGACUUGGAGCAGGAGCUGACUGAUCUGCUCCAGGAGUUCGCUGACGUGGUUGAGGAGUUGAGAGAGCCUUCCCAAAGCGUCCCGUACGAAUACGAGCUGCUCUUGUCUGAAGCCAAACGGCGCACCGGGCUAGGGGACGACGGCUCUGUGGUCAGCGACAGCGGCGUGGAGGACACUAGUGAUUGCAGCAGUGAGGCGUUUCUGGGUAACAGUUUGAACACCAGUGAAGAAGAGAUCCACACUGCAGGCAUAACAGUAACGCCCAAAGCCAGAAUGGGAGACACAGGAGACCUACAGAGAUUCAUCGACAGUUUGGACCGGGAACUUGCUGAGAUGUGAGCGGAGAGACGGAGAGAGAUGGGGAGAGACGGAGACUGAGAGAGAGCUGCUGAGACCACGGGGAGAGCGAAGAGAGAACAGACCAGAGGCUGCACGGCUGGCUACCUCUGAACACACAAACACACUGAUCUAAAACAGUUCUGUUCGGAGAAAGCCAGCUCUCUCUUGGCCCCUUUGGGGCAAAAAAGGAUAAACAUGAGGAAUUAAAAGGGCAUCAUGUUCCAAUAUCUAGAACACCGCUGGACCUGAGGUGGUAGACUACAUCCCUUCCCUCAGACUGGUGGCGUAUUCACAGCUAAAUCAAGCUGUUUUAUAGUCAACGUGAAUCUCUUCAAUAGGAGAACAUGAUGUGUGUGAAAUGGCAUCCAAGUACAACACUUGCUAAUCACAAGAUCUAUAGUGGGAAAAGUAGGGUUUAUGCCAACCUGCUGUUUCCUGAUGGAAGGCCUUAUAAGAGACCCAUUGUCCUCAUCACAACCCAAUGUGUUAGACCUCCCCCAUGUAUAGUAAUUGUUUUAUAUUAUAUUGUAAAGUGAUGUACAGUAUUAUAAUGCCUAUACUACAAACAGACCACUGCCUAACCUGAUGGUGAUGAUGAUGAUGACGAUUUUUGUACAGAUGAAUGCACAGAUGAAUAAAGAUAGAUAUUUUUUUAAA